AUGGCGGCGGACUGGGCGUGGUGGAUCGGCCUCCUCCUCGGCGCCGUUCCGCUGCUGGUGCUCGCUGUGUGGCACAGCAACGACGCCGGCCACUGCGCCGCCUUCGCGCUGAAGCGGUGGCGCCACCACCGUGGCGCGACGAGGCCGAGGCUCCCGCCGGGCCACAUGGGGCUCCCGUUCGUGGGCGAGAGCCUCUGGCUGCUCUGGUACUACAAGUUCGCGCGGCGCCCCGGCCCCGGCCCCGACGGCUUCGUGGACGCCAGGAGGAGACGCUACUACGGCGGGGCCGCCCGCGCGGGCGACGUGGGCGUGUACCGCACGCACCUAUUCGGCUCGCCGACCGUCCUCGUCUGCUCGCCGGCGGCCAACAAGUUCGUCCUCAACUCCUCCCAGGAUGGCGCCUUCGGCAUCCGCUGGCCCGCGCCCGAGCUCGUCGGCCUCUCUUGUCUGGUCAACGUGGAGGGUCGCCAGCACGCCAGGCUCCGCGGGUUCGUCCUCGCCGCCAUCAACCGCCCCGCCUCGCUCCGCGCCAUCGCGGAGGUCGUCCAGCCGCGCGUCGUGGCGGCGCUGCGGUCGUGGGCGGACGCGAAGGGCACCGUCUCCGCCGCCACAGAGAUCAAGAAAGUGACGUUCGAGAACAUAUGCAAGAUGUUCGCGAGCAUGGAUCCGUCGCCUGUCACCGACAUGAUGGACGGGUGGUUCGCCGGCUUACUCGCUGGAUUGAGGGCGUUCCCGAUAGACUUCCCCGGAACGGCCUACCGUCACGCUCGCGCUUGCCGCAGAAAGCUGGACGCUGUGUUCAGGGAGGAGGUCCAGAGGAGGAGGAGGAGGAGGGAGGGCACGGUGGACGACGCCACCAGCAGGGACUUGAUGAGCGGGCUGAUGGAGAUGGAAGACGAGCAAGGGAAGAAGCUCUGCGACGACGAGGUGGUCGACAACAUCGUCUCCCUCAUCGUCGCGGGCUACGAGUCCACUUCCAACGCCAUGAUGUGGGCGGUCUAUCACCUAGCCAAGUCUCCCCACGCUCUUCACAAGCUGAGGGAGGAGAACAGCGUCGUGAGUCGAGACAACAAGAACGGUGGCUUCAUUACCCUGGACGACAUCCCUACCAUGAAGUACACUGCCAAGGUGGUAGAAGAAACAAUCCGAGUAGCCAACGUAGCUCCGAUGGUCCAUCGCGUAGCACAUAGAGAUGUCGAGUACAGAGGUUAUACGAUUCCGAAAGGGUGGAGGGUCGUGGUGUGGCUGCGCUCCCUGCAUACCGACGCCCGCUACUACGAUGAUCCACUCAGCUUCAACCCGGACAGAUGGGACAAGCCGCCAAAGCCAGGAACGUACCAGGUGUUCGGUGGAGGGCCUAGGGUCUGCGCUGGGAACAUGCUGGCGAGGCUGCAGCUCAGCAUCAUGCUCCACCAUCUAGCUGUUGGAUACAAAUGGGAGCUGCUUAAUCCUGAUGCUGAGGUCACAUACCUUCCCCACUCGAAACCGGUGGAUGGGGCCGCCAUGUCGUUUAGCAGAUUGGACUCCGUUUAAAAUGCGGGCAAGACGACGACGUACGUGCUCGAUCGUGUCCAGAUCAAAGAACAAUUGCCGACAACACGUACGUUACAUUUGACCGUACAUGUCCAAGUACUCCAACAACGCAAGGAUAAAUGGUCAGAGCGCAUGUCCAGGCUACAUGUACUGCUUGUUACCUCCCUCGGUCCCUCCCUUCAUUCCCGUGUGAUGCGCUCCAUCUGUAGUACCUGGAUCAACUACAUAAUAUGUGUGUGUAUACUUACCGAGUAAUAAUGCUAUGUACUCUCUAUUGC